AUGGUUCAGGAGCCCAUGGGGAACUGUGCCAAGCGGCCCCGGCGCCGGGGACCUAAGGACCCCUGGCAGUGGUCCGGCUCCCCGCCAGGGGGCUCCCACCCCGGGCCCGGGCCCAGUCCCGAGGAUCAGGGGGGCGUCCCGGGCUACUCGGUGCUCGGCAGCCUGGUGGGGCCGGCCUGCAUCUUCCUGCGGCCCAGCAUCGCCGCCACGCAGCUCGACCGGGAGCUGCGGCCCGAGGAGAUUGAAGAGCUGCAGGUCGCCUUCCAGGAGUUCGACCGAGACCGGGACGGCUACAUCGGCUACCGGGAGCUGGGUGCCUGCAUGCGGACGCUGGGCUACAUGCCCACGGAGAUGGAGCUCAUUGAGAUCUCGCAGCAAAUCAGUGGCGGGAAGGUGGACUUUGAAGAUUUCGUGGAGUUGAUGGGCCCCAAGCUGCUGGCGGAGACGGCGGACAUGAUCGGGGUCAGGGAGCUCCGAGACGCCUUCCGGGAGUUCGACACCAACCGGGAUGGCUGCAUCAGCAUAGGCGAGCUCCGGGCAGCCCUCAAGGCCCUGCUGGGCGAGCGGGUCAGCCAGCGGGAGGUGGACGAGAUCCUGCGAGACGUGGACCUCAACGGCGACGGCCUGGUGGACUUUGAAGAGUUUGUGCGGAUGAUGUCUCGCUGA